CCAUCUAUUGCCGUUAGCAAAAAGACAAUCUAUAAUAACCACAUUUACGGGAAGGUCAGACAAGCCGAGCCUGUUUGAAAAUAUUUAAACAUAUAUAUUUAAUCAUCAUCGUUGGAUAAUAUGCCUUAAAUGACGCGUUUUGUACGCCGCGAAACAACGUUCCGCCCUCAUGGGCAUGUCGGACAUGUUUGAUGGUAGCACCGGCAAAGUGUCGUGGAAGAUUUCGUCAAGAUACAAAGAAUUGCUUUAACGUCAUUUUACUGCUACACUGGUGAAGCCAACGCAUUUCUACCUGGGAGUGGACCUCAGUGUAAGCCAUGGCUGGACCUGUCAGUCUGGAGCUUGAUCCCAUUUUCCUGAAGGGUCUGAGUUACCUGCAUUCCAAGAGCAAAGACUCGGCCGAGAAGCUCAAAGCGCUACUUGACGAAUCCCUUUCCAGAGGGAGCGACACGUCCUAUCGCUUGGUACAAAAAGAUCUGGAGGUGUCCAAGGGGUCCGUGUCAAAACUCAGCUUUUGUAAACAGGACUCCAAGUCCUCCUCCAGCUCCUCAUCCUCCAGCAUAGGCAGCAAAUCCAGCUCUGAAAAGAGCAAGAAGGACACCGACAGGAGAUCGUCUGAGAAGGUUAGGCUUGACAUGGGGGACGCGGACCCUCCGAAAAAGCCCCGUUUAGAGAAACCGGAUCGCUCGUCGCCAGUUACCGUGCAGACGAGCAAAGACCUCUUACCCAACAUCAACGACUACGAUGAGACCAACGCUGAUGACUUCGCCAUGGAGAUGGGCCUGGCGUGCGUGGUUUGCAGACAAAUGACUGUGUCCAUGGGAAACCAGCUGGUAGAGUGCCAGGAGUGCCAUAACUUGUACCAUCAGGACUGCCACAAGCCCCUAGUGACAGACAAAGAAGUCAAUGACCCCAGGCUGGUGUGGUAUUGCGCUCGCUGCACCAGGCAAAUGAAGCGUAUGGCCCAAAAGCCUCCGCAGAAGCCCUCCCCAGCCUCCGCCUCGUCAGCACCGGUUGUUAUAAAAGACACUCUGGUGAAAAAGACAGAAUUUAAAACAAAGCCGGACACCACGAGCACCUUCCUGGCCUUCAAACGGACAGAAGUGAAGACUUCCACAACAUCAGCCAAUCCCACCAGCAGCAACUCCUCAUCAUCAGGCAGCGGUCUAACAGGCUGGGCCGCAUUUGGCGCUAAGACGACUCCAUCUCUUCCCGUCAGCGCCAAACUCGGUUCUGCAGGACCAAGUGGGAGCAACAAGGCAAUGCCAACUCCACCCGGCCAGAAACUAGCAGGUCUUUCCGGUCUAGCCGGAAACAAGUCCGGACUCGGGGCCGCAAAGAUCCCCGGGACCGGCAACGGAAAUGGCUCUACUCAGGUCUCUCUGAAACCACCACCCUUGACCCUGGGCAAACAGCCACUUAACCGUUCAUCUAGCAGCGAGAGCCAGGGGAAGGGUUCUGCCUCAUCAUCAGGGGCGGGCUCCCCAGGCAGCUCCCAGGCGAGUCCAGGAGCCAGUGGCACGGGGGGCAAUAAUAAUGGAGGAAGUAAUGGAAACAAUGGGAAUGGGUCCAAGGUUCCACCGGGGGAAAAGGCGCCAACAUCCCAAGAGUCCCAGCUCAACGCCAUGAAACGAUUACAGCUUGUGAAGAAAAAGGCAGCACAGAAAAAGCUUAAGAAAUAAGUAGAGGUAGUAAAGCCCUGUUUCUAACAUGUAGUACAGUUCAGUUUGGUAUGGUACUGAAUGUUAUAUCUUCUAUUGUCAAGUUGUGAACAGUACCUUAAUAGCCAGUCCGUACCUUAACUCUUUUCCCGCUUGACACACUGUCCGUUAAUUGGUCGAAGAAACAAAGGCACGUCUCUUCCGUGCAGCAAUGGGAAUCGAAUGGCAAGGGCACGAAAUUGAAAACCAAGAAAUCUCUUCCGCAGUCAUCUUCUUUGUCGCAGUGCUCUUAUUUAGCAGUACUGUACACGUCUACAGAGAUCACCGUUAAACCUACAGUACAAACUGCAAUGGAGACACGAGCCAGAUAGGGAUUUACUGUUCCAAACCAUACAGUUGCGAACUGAACUAAACUGUACUGCCUUGUUGAAGCAGUGGCUGAUGGAGGGUAAAAUAAACCCUUAAAGACUGCAGAUGUAGUGCCAGAGCAAUGUGUCUGUGAUCUUAUUAUGUCUAUGGAAGGAGACCAUCCAUUCUCAUACUUGAAUCUUACUUUGUCUUCUGUACCUCAUUCUGUCCCAACUAAUCGAGCCCGAGAUAAAGUGUCAGUUUUUUAAACCUUCAAAUGGGUUAUAAAUUCCACAUAUCGCUAGCAUCAGGCCAAAACUUCCAUUGUCCAAAUUUGGUGAAUUGAAUUUAAUAUUUUUUCCACAAAUCAAUACUAUUGGUCAGUCCACACGUGGGUGUAUUAUUUUUUCAAAUUAUUGACCAGUUUUAAGUGAUGAAAAUGGCUCGAUCUCUUUGACGAUGCACUGCUAAUGGCUCAACAAAUAGCCCAUUGUUUUGUUGUUUUUUUCCUGAAAAGUGAGGAUUUUGGAGAUAUGUGGAUUCCGCCCGACGCCAGCGAUAUGAACUGUCUAACAGCAUCAGGGAGUCUUGUGAAAUAAUGUGCAAUGGUUGAUCUAAUUGGAAGGGGAAAAAAAGAAUAAAAAUAUUAGCAGUCA